AUGCACUCCAGCCCCGACGCCGCCCCGGACCCGGAGGCCCCCUCGCAGCCCGCGCCCUGCUGCCGCCGCGCGCUGCCCUGGGUCCUGGGCGUCGCUGUGCUGCCCUUGGCCGUCGGCGCCGCCGUCUUCUUUGCCAUUUACUGGGCGGUGCAGAGGACCCCCGCCUCGGCCAGCCCCGCGCCCACCCCGAUACAACGCGGGGGCCUCGAGCUGUCGCCCGACGACCCGCAGCAGGGCUUUCCUCUUUUCGGACAGCUGGUGGCUGAAGACGUUCUGCUGACCGACGGGCCCCUGGGCUGGUACAGCGACCUGGGCCUGGACGGCGUGUCCCUGUCGCCCGGCGUGAGCUACGAUAAGGACACGCGGCAGCUGGAGGUGACCGAGGCCGGCGUCUACUAUGUUUUCUUGCAAGCCGAGCUGCGACGCGUGGCCGUCCUCCCAAACCCCGGCUCGGGCUCAGGCUCCGGCUGGGGCUCGGUCUCGUUCGCGCUGCACCUGCAGCCGCUGCGCACGGCCGCCGCCGCCGCUCCCGCCGGGCCCGCCGCUCUGACUUUGACCGUGCACCUGCCGCCCGGGUCCUCCGAGGCCCCGCACUCGGUUUCUGGCUUCCAAAGCCGCCUGCUGCACCUGGACCCCGGCCAGCGCCUGGGGGUCCACCUGAGCGCGGGGCCCGAGGCGCACACGUGGCAGCUGGACCAGCGCGCCACGGUCUUGGGCCUCUUCCGGGUGGCCACCCAAGACCCAGCCGGACUCCCCUCGCCCAGGCCCACGUGA